CACGAUUCAGUUCAAGACGGUCAGGAGCGCCGACUGUUACAGGAAGCAACUGCGAAGGAGGUCCGAGUCACGUGAUCGUAACAUAGUGUGCUGAAGACAUGGCGGACAAAGACGAGAAUGAGAAGACCAUCGCCGAAGACUUGGUUGUCACCAAGUAUAAAAUGGCCGGCAACAUCGUAAAUCAAGUAUUAAGGCAAGUUUUAGAUAAAUGCGUCGAAGGAGCAUCCGUAAGGGAGAUUUGCGAAUACGGAGACAAACUGUUGCUACAGGAAACUAGCAUGGUUUUCAAGAAAGAGAAAGAAUUAAAGAAAGGAAUUGCUUUCCCUACGUGCAUAUCAGUUAAUAACUGCAUUUGUCAUUUCUCGCCAAUUGCAAGCGAACCAGAUCUUAUACUUAAAGAUGAGGAUAUGGUGAAAGUGGAUCUCGGGGCACACAUUGAUGGCUUCAUAGCAGUUGUUGCACACACUAUUGUUAUAGGUUCAUCACUAAAGAAAAUAGUUAGUGGUAGAAGGGCAGAUGUAGUGUUAGCUGCACAUUUUGCAUCACAAGCUGCAUUAAGGCUUCUGAAGCCAGGUACAGAGACUUACACAAUAACGGGUACAGUAGAAAAAAUUUGCGAGGCAUAUAAAUGUAAACCAAUUGAAGGAAUGUUGAGCCAUCAGUUGAAACAAUUUAAGAUAGAUGGUGAGAAAACAAUUAUUCAAAAUCCCAAUGACGCACAGAAGAAGGAACACGAAAAAUAUACUCUUGAAACUCAUGAGGUAUACGCUAUGGAUGUUCUGGUGAGCACUGGUGAAGGUGUAGGGAGAGAACAAGAUACUCGCGUUACGAUAUUUAAGAAGACAGAGGAAACAUAUCAGCUGAAACUGAAAGCAUCGCGCAUGUUUUACUCUGAAGUUACUCAUAAACACGGCUUGAUGCCAUUCAACUUACGUACUUUUGAAGAUGAGAAAAAAGCAAAAAUGGCGGUCGUGGAAUGUGUGAGUCAUAGGUUGAUCGAGCCAUUCCAUGUACUCUACGAAAAGCCAAAUGAAUUUGCUGCGCAAUUCAAAUUUACGGUACUAUUAAUGCCCAAUGGGCCACAUAAAAUAACAGGACUUCCAUUUGACCUCAAAUUUUAUCAGUCCGAUUGCGUUGUUGACGACCCCGAAUUAAAGAGUCUUUUAUACACUUCAGCAAAUCCGAAAUCCGCAAAGAAGAAGAAAAAGAAGGCUGUGAAAUCUGUAGGUGAAGUGGCGAUGGAAGUCGACGCCAGGGCCUAACACAUCCAUUUUAGCGUUUAUCAUGACGUUUUGACAUCGUGCACUUUAUGUUACUUUCUGUUUAUUAGCUUCAGAGCUGAAACUGGACACUAUUCAACGUCAUUAUUCGUUUGUACCUGUUCCUUCAUCGGAACGCAUCAUUCAGAGAUUGUGAUCCUUCGCGUCAUGUAACACCUGAAAAUCAUUGUUAUUCGUGUAACACGCAUAUUUCAAUCAGUUGGAAAAGUGUCAAGUUUUCUGCUCUACACAAAUUGGACCUUACCAACUCAUUAUGCCGCCACUUAUUGACACUUACGUUUUUAUACCGGAAUAUCUUUUAAUGGACCAUGGUAUUAUAUACUGAACGACGAUUAUUCAUAAGACAUUUUUCAGCUGAUGUAUUACAUUUCAAAUAUGUGGACUUGUUUCGCAGAAUAAUGGUCGGUUUCUGUGACUGUAUUGUGCGAGUUAGAUCAACCGAGCCAGAAAGUGAAAUCGCACGUGCAUUCAUAUUGUUUCUUUCGUAGGAGAGACAACAAUAAAGUACGAUUUUCGUUUCUAAAUUAAAUAUUCUUGCCUUCUGACGAAAGCAUAUUACAUUGAACAAUGUCCAUUUGUAAAUUUCGUUAAACGAGAAGAAAUUCGACGAAAUCGCAGCUAAACACCGUUAUCGAAUGCACUGCCAAAUUUUAACAAUUUACGAUGAUUCACUUUGACACCGUUGCUGGAUUUGCACUAGUUAAUUUUUUCGGAUUUUACGUCUCGUGAAUGAGACUCGACAUCGUUUAAAGAACAAAGAAAUGAUAACAUCUAAUGUUGAAUUGUAUAAUUGGAAUGACAAUGUUCAUAUUCGAAUUCCGUAUAAACAAUGAAAUGCCAAUGGACUUAACGAGUAUUUCGUUGCAAAGAAUUUCCCAACCGUUAGAAAAUUUUAUUCCAUUCAGUUCAGUUCCGCGCAAAUUUUGUUGCGCACUUAGUGUGAGUGUUCUUGAAAUUUAAUUACUGGUGCACCUCGUGUUAUUCACGUUCGAGUGGAAAGGAAAAUAAACAAAAAAGAAAAAAGAACAAGAAAUUCGAGGAACGAAAACUAUUCUUCGAAGAUAAAAAGCGAAAAUUAUGAAAUAUUAUAACAAUGUAAUAAUAGUUUUGUAUUAAGGAGGAUAGAUAAUGUAUCUGUUAUAGAUAUUUUUUCUACUCAAGUUGUGCAUAUGUCGAAUGUUACCGAGUGUGCUUGUAAAACAAAAGAUGUCUUAGGCCAUCGUGCACUGUCCUUCAUUUGCCCCAAUUUCAAUGUUUUCAUUGCAUUUGAUACCAUACUUAGUAUAAAUAUAUAUACCAAACAUUGCAAAAGUUUUUAUGAAAUACUAACAUAGUUGUCAAUGGGUAUAAGUAAAAAAAUUUUAAAUACUUUUCUUGCACGGAGGUCACCAGUUGAAGUGUUUACAAUGCAAAAGAGGACUGUGCACAGAGUUCAUAUUUAACAUAAAAUUUAAUAUGGUGAUAUAAAAAUUGUUAUUAAAAAUUUAAUGACAAGCUAAUAAGUAUAGAUUUUGACAAGUGCAUACUUCUUUUUUCUCAUUCAAAAUAGUGGCAUAUUGAUGCAUAAUCUGUAAGAUACUGUCUACUUCUGAACGUACACGAAACACUCUUUGAUUAAAAAUUACAAUCGAACAAGAUAGAAUUUUAUGGAUUA